UUUGUGGCUUUGGUUCUCUCUGAGGACAGAGAAUAGACAUUAAGAACUCCCACAUCCUUCAGGCUGAAGUUCUACUGCAGAAUAGUUGGCAGUACUUUCGAUCUCAACUUUCUCUCCUGCCAUGGUGACUAUGCAACAAACAGAGCAGACCACGGUGGCAGCUGGACCUGCUGUGCCGCAGCUGGGGAAGCCUAUUGCUCUGCACUCCUGUCUGUGGGAAGGGAUGACAGAGAAGUUUUUGAAGGGGCAGCCCAAAGUCCUUGGUGCUAUGCAGGUCAUGGUUGGCCUGAUGAACCUCAGCAUGGGAAUAGUAAUGAUGUGCAGCUCGAUACCUUCGUACGGACAGAAAGCCUUUACAGUGUACACGGGGUACUCAGUUUGGGGAUCUGUGAUGUUUAUUAUUUCAGGAUCUUUCUCAAUUGCAGCAGCAAGAAGAACUACAAAAGGUCUGGUCCGAGCCAGUUUAGGCUUGAACAUCACCAGCUCUGUCUUUGCUGGAGUGGGAAUGAUCCUCCUUAUAGUCAGCUUGGUCUUAAAUGCAGCGUAUCCCUUUUCCUGCUACUACUAUCGCAACACAUCAGAAAACUGUUACCUGCGACAAUCUAUUCUAAUAGGGCUGGAUGGAGUGAUGUUCAUCUUAAGUGUGCUGGAAUUCUGCGUUGCUGUCUCCCUCUCUUCAUUCGGAUGCAAAGUGAUUUGCUGUCUCCCUAGUGGGGUUGUGUUGCUUCUGCCAUCAGAUCCUCACACAGAAGCAGCCUCUCCUGCAGCACUGGAAGGAGGUUUCAGGGCUCCGACAGCUUCUGAGAAAAGCAUUCCAGAAAACGUUCCUUGACUUCAGCGUAAAACCCCUGCACAAAACCACCUGGGUGUACCUCCAGAGUGUGUGUGUGUGUUCAGAAUCAUGUUCUCUGAUUUUCCUAGGAAUUUGCCAAAUCUUUCCACCCACCCUAAACAGAAUACCAGAACCAGAAUAAAAAU